AUGGCAACAAUAAAUCCACUAGUAAACAAGCCACUUGGCAGAUCAAAUACAACAGCACUUCAUAACCUUGGAGGAGGUGUCAUUGGAGAUGAAAACAAGAUCCCAGCCAAGGUAUCGGCACUCGAUAAGGCAAAGAGUGGAGUCACCCUCAAGUCUCGUGGUGCUCUAUCAGAGAUUACCAACAAUACCAUCUCUGGUGUCGUAGGUAAAUCAGGCAAGAGCAUGAUUGCACCUUCUGCAGUUUUGCCACAACAAUCAAACAUUGUUCCAAGAAUUGUAUCAACAAGAGCCAAGAGUGAACUUGGUAAUCUUAGAAACCAACAACCAACCAAAUUGCAAAAGUUGGAAAACUCGGCCAUUCCAACUCACAUGCCAUCGGAACAUAUGAUUGAUACCGACCAAGACAAGGACGCAAUGAUUGAUGAUGUCCAUAUGGUCGAAGCCGAACAACCUGAAAAUAUCGAUAUCUUUGAUGCCCAUGAUCCACAAUGUGUCGGGGAAUAUGUUAAUGAUAUCUUUGCUUAUUAUAGAGAUAAAGAGAUUGCUGAUAGAAUUGAUGGAGAUUAUAUUCAUGGACAACAACUUAUUAAUGAAAAGAUGAGAGCCAUAUUGAUUGAUUGGAUGAUGGCUGUACAUGUUAGAUUCAAGAUGAUUUCAGAGACCUUUUUCUUGUCUGUCAAUAUUGUCGAUCGUUAUUUGAGCAAGGUGUCGAUCCCAGUGGGCAAGUUGCAGUUGGUUGGCAUCACCUCGAUGUUGUUGGCUGCCAAGUAUGAGGAAAUCUACUCGCCACAAAUCAACGACUUUAUUGUCACUAGUGACAAUGCCUGCACCAGGGAAGAGGUGUUGCUCAUGGAGCGUAACAUCUUGUCUGCCUUGCAAUUCCACUUGACUACCACCACUCCAUUGCACUUUUUGCGUCGUUUCUCCAAGGCUGCCGGAUCCGACUCGCGCACCCACUCUCUCUCCAAGUAUCUCACCGAGUUGUGUAUGCUCGACUCUAAGCUCCUCAAGUACCUCCCAUCCAUGAUUGCCGCCGCGUGCAUCUAUGUUGCCCGUCGCAUGACCAACAGAUGUGGACCAUACUGGAACGUCACCCUCGAAUACUACACUUGCUACAAGGAAUCCGAUGUUAUUGCCUGUGCCCACGAAAUCAACCUUUUAAGAAAGGGCGAAGAUCACACCACUCUCAGAGCCACCAAGAAAAAAUAUUUGUCACCAAAGUUGAUGGAAGUUGCUGCUAUUCCUCCAGUUGAUUUAUAA